AAUAAAAAUUUUUCUUAUCGAACCAUAAGCAAAUUGCGUUUGUUAUGUAAAAUACGAAGAUAUAAAUAGACCAAAUAACGAGAGAAAGGGAGGAAUAUUGUAAAGCUAAUCCCGACAUCUGGGCGUUAUCCAAAAAGCAUGGAAAUCAUACUAGAUUAAAGAUUUCUCAAUCUGUAAUUAGUUUAUUAAAAUAUAGUUAUUUGUAUUAAGUUUAAUUCAUUUAAAUUUGGAUUUUUUUGUAAUUUUGCAUGUCUCCUGUAUGUUAUUUUUUAUACUAUUUGUUAAUUAUCAAGUUUGUUUAUCCAAAACUUCUAAGCACGACUAGAGUACUUUAGCAAUAACCCAAUCUGAAAUUCUUCACGCAGCAAAGAAAAUUUGAUUACAGCUGCAGUAAUAAAAUUUUAUUUAAAUUUAUUGUCUUGUUUCAAUGGAUAAACUAUACCAGAGAGGAAAUUUCCUCUCUGACUAUAUUGAAGUUUUCACGGUUUGUCCAGUUUACAUAAAGUGAUUGGAGAAUGGAUUAACUUGAGUAAUAGAUAGGAAAGUAAUAUUGGUACAUCAAAACAGUCUCUAUAAAAUGUCAUGUAGGUAUAUUUUUGUAUGACGACCCAACAAAAUUUGUAACCUUGUUUUUAUCACAAGUAAAAGUCGACGCGCUAAGAAUUAUAUGUGAUUAUUCAGUUAUAUCCUUUAGAUAUGCCUCUAGUAAUACAUAAAAUAUUAACAGUGAAGUAUAUUCAUUUAAUAUAUAUAUUAUAUCUAUGUGAUUAAACAAAAUGAUAUAGUAUUAGAAAAAUAAUUCUAAUCUGAUUUAAGCAGUUAUGUUACAGGAGAAAAUAGAGAAAAUGUCUCAUAUUAUUGCACAUGAUAUUGACAAAAAGCCACGGACAAAGGAUAUUAAAGUACAAGAAGAUAUUACAUUUUAUCAAAUGGGAUUUUCCCAAAAAAUUUUGGAUGGAUUAUCUCUUUGUGGUUUCCAAAGACCUUCACCCAUACAAUUAAAAGCAAUUCCUUUAGGAAGAUGUGGUUUUGACUUAAUAGUACGUGCCAAAUCAGGAACUGGUAAAACUUUAGUGUUUUGUAUAAUAUCACUUGAAAUGAUUGAUAUAGAUAUAUCGUCUGUACAAGUAUUAGUAUUAGCACCUACUAGAGAAAUUGCUGUACAAAUUGCACAAGUUUUUUCAUCUGUAGCUUGUGAAAUAGAAGGUUUAAAAGUUGAAGUAUUUAUAGGAGGAACAGCUAUAGAAAGUGAUAAAAAGAAAUUGAAUAAUUGUCACAUAGCUGUUGGUGCUCCAGGUAGAAUUAGACAUUUAAUUGAUAAAGAAUUCUUAAAAGUUGAAAAUGUUAGAUUAUUUAUUCUUGAUGAAGCAGACAAAUUAAUGGAAACCAGUUUUCAGAAAGACAUUAAUUAUAUCUUUUCAAAAUUACCACUAAGGAAACAAGUUAUAGCAUCAAGUGCCACUUAUCCGGGAGAUUUGGAAAUAUUUUUACAGGCAUAUAUGUGCUCUCCUGUUUUAGCAUCUCCAGAUAACAAUGAACCAAUACUUGUUGGACUCACGCAGUUCAUAACAGUUGUUCCUUCUCAUCCAAAUGUUAUGAAACAGGUUCAAAUAAAAGUAGACGAAUUAAUAAAGAUAUUUAACAAAAUUCCAUUCAAACAAAGUUUAGUUUUUUCGAAUUAUCAAUCAAGAGCCCAAUCUGUGUGUAACAAAAUUAGUGCUAUGGGUUUUAAAGCAACCUUUUUUGCUGGAAAUCAAGAUAUGAAUAAAAGACUUGAGGCCAUUAAUAAAUUAAAGACUUUUAAAUGUAAAAUAAUGGUAACAACUGAUUUAACUGCAAGAGGUAUAGAUGCAGAUAAUGUAAAUUUAGUUGUAAACCUUGAUUUACCCAUAGAUGCACCAACAUAUUUGCAUAGAAUAGGAAGAGCUGGACGUUAUGGAUCUUAUGGUCUCUCUAUAACAAUAGUUGCAGAAAAUGAGUUAGAAACAUUACAAAAAUUAUUAAUGUCCAUUGGAGGUCCAAAUUUUUAUGUAUUGAAACUUCCUUUUGAUUAUCCAGAUGAUAUUUGGAAUACUUCUAAUACAAAAUUUGAGAAACUUUACGCAAAAUCUGAAAAAGACGAAAAUCAAUUUGACAUUAAACCUAUCACUACAGCUAUUAAUGAUUUAUCUAUGAAUACUGCUAAUAUAGAAGUACAGAAUAAUAUAAAGUCAAAAGUUAAUGAAACAACAGAUAAUAUAAAUAAAGAAGUUACAGAAAAUGUGGAAGAAGUAAAAAAUAAUAUAAUGGAUUUUUCCUGUUUAAGAAACAUGCCUAAUUUACAAAAUAAAAUAAAAGUUAAUUCUUUGUUUGUACCAUGUAUUAAUCUGAUAGAUGAAUCUCAAUGCAUUAAAAAGAAGAAGAAAGAGACUACAAUCAUGUCGUACAGUGUGUCUAAGCCCAAAAUUAUACAUAGUUUUACAUUGGAUGCCGCAAUCAAUAAUAAUUCUUCCAGCUGGCAGAAAUACAAUGAAAAUGUGGUAUUUGAAGUUGAUUUAUCAGAUUUACAAGAAGAUGAUUUAUCAAAUUCUAAUAUUGAUAUGAUUAUUGAAUUCACAAAAUAUAAUUUUCAAAGUAAAAAUGCAGAAAAAUCUUCUUUUCAUCAUAAUUACGUGAAUAUUGAUGUACAUUCUGAAGAUACCAUUUCUAGAAGUACUGUACAUAAUGAAAUGCAGAAACAAGACCUAGAACAGAAAAUUCAGAAAAAGAGUGAUGUAACUGCUGAUACUCUGAUAACUAUCUCAAAUAAUAUUCAAAAUAAGACAGAUGUUUCCAUUUUAGAAGAAUUGAAUUCUCAUCUCACAGAAUAUAUGAAAAGUUCUAAUACAUUUUGUGAUGAAUUAUGUUCAAACAACGAGGAAAUAUUAUUGAAACAGGCAUUUAUUUGGAAAAACAAACUUGAUUUUGAAAUUAAAUUAUUAAAUAAUGUAAUGGAAGUCAUGAAAGAAUCUAUACAAAAGUUCAUAUAUCAGAAACACGUUGAAAUGCUGAAAAUAUUUUAUAGAGUACAAAAGAAAGCUCUCUUAUGUGUUUAUCCAGAAAUACGAAAUGACGAUGAAGUAAAUGAUACUUAUUUAUAUUUUAGAACUUCUGUAGACGAAAAUGUACUAGAACUAUAUAAAGAAAUAGAAAAUUUCAAAAGUUCCCAUCGGAAAUGUGGAGAAAAUUUUAAUGCAUAUUUUCCAUAUCCUGUUGAAUUAGAUUCAUAUAUGCCAAAUCUUAUGAUCUCCAACACAGACAGAGAAGAUUAUCUCAAUGCAUUACGAUAUUUAUAUUCAAAUCCUUAUCCUAGGGAACAUUUAUUGCAAAUAGCAAGUUUUGUGACAUUCAUUGAUGAGCCUAAAAAGUAUGAUUUAAUACAAAAAUUAAAAAGUUUAAACAACUCUUCAGUUAAUGAAUUGUUAACAGUAAUACAAAGUGAAUUAUCUAAGAAGGAAUCAAAUAAAAAUGAAAGUAAAGAACAGGAAGACAAAUUAUUAGAACAUUUUGAUAGUACAAAUCGAGGUGAAAACGUUAUUAAUUCAAAGGUUGAUAUUUUACAUAAGACACUAGAUAAUAUUGGAAAUAUGACUAGUCAAGAAGAGAACGUCUCUCUAAGUGAUAAUAAAUGCGAUAAAAUGAGUAAUAACUAUAGUUUUGACAAUUCUAUAUCAACUGAUUUAGGUUUGGAUGAUCUUUUUAAAAUACAAAAAGUUGCACGUCAUGAAAAUUGUAACUUGACUAGUAGUACAUCAAGUAUAUUUUCUAGUGAAAGUGAUACCGUUAAGGAACAUAGAUUGAAUGGAAAAGUAAAUACGAAAAAUAAAUUUCGUAGACGGAAAAAGAUUCAGAAACAAGGAGAUAAUACUGCUAAAGAACAAUUUAUUAUCAGAUCAUCUGAUAGUACUGAUACGUAUGAAAAACAAUAUACGUCACAAACGCAAUCAGAUUUGUCAUCUAGAUCAAUGACAGAUCGGUUAAAUUCGUCUUUUGUAGAAACAAAUUUAAGCAGAAAAAAUAGUCAGAAUAUUCAAGAUAUAUUUAAUUGUCAAGAGUCUUACGUAGAUAAUGAACCACAAAGUUCUGUUUCUAUUCCUAGAAUUAGUGAACAUCGAAAGAAUAAUUCAUGUAAUUUUUCUCCUACACCUUUAACAAAAAAUGUUUCACAGAGACAUUUAGAUAAUGAAGUUACAACUGAGAAAACCAAUAUUUGUAAUUUACAUCAACAAAAAUCAAAGAAUCCUGUAAAUUCACAAUAUUACGCUCCUUUUUAUAAUUAUAUGCCUAAUGUUCCUUAUAAUCAAGUAGAAGAUUAUAUGUAUAUGCCAGGACAUUUGUCCAGGAAUAUAUUUUCAGAGAAUAUAUAUCAUUUUCCUCAUUCAUCAAGUGAUAACCUUAAUGAAGUUGAAAUUGACCAAUUUUUAUCAUCAUUAAGAGAGGAAACAAAUCGAUUGCAUUUAGAACUUUAUAAAUCAGAAAUGCUCCGUAAUGCAAUGAAAAAUUAUAAUUAGAAUUAAGAUAAAACAAUAUUAUCAACUUAUUAUCAACAUCUGUUGUAUAUGUGAGGCACGCAUGCAAUACACGUCUGUAUGUGUACGUAUUGUAUGCGUGGUUAAUCAAAUUGUGGACUGCGUAAUUAAAUUUUUUGAUAAUAAAUCUGUGAUGAAUUAAUGGAAAAUCAUUCUUAAAUUAGAAAUAUAUUGUACAAAACACUCAGAA